CAGAGCAUUACUUUUUCUUUUUGGCUUUGUUUUUUACCCUGUUUGGCUCCCGUCAUCGUACCGCGGCGUCCACCCGCCGACGGCCUCUCCUCACGGGGUCCACUCGCCGACGGCCUCUCAUCGCCGGCGUCCACCGAACUGCCAUCGCCGACGGCGUGUCCUCUGCUGCCUUUCCUCUUCCUCUUUACCUCACCGGCUCUCAUUCCCCUUUAUACAACCCUCCGACUCUCCUCCUCCUGUCCGGCUUCAACUUUAGAAUUCUCUCAAGUUCCUUACGUGGAUCGAGAUCCUGUUGGCAACGUUUCAAGAUAACGGCGAUAUUCUAUAUUCAUGACGCUGAUGUUAUUUUUUCUCUAGGGUUUCUUCACAAAGUCUGCUGCUUCGAGAUCAAGGCUUCAAGUCUUGUAAGGCUUCAAGCCUUUCAUUUUAUGCGUCACGACCAUUUGAACAAUCUGCCUGAGGUAGAGCAGAGGAGCAGUCAUCAGUAAUCGUCAAGAGUAGGAAGCUGCGAGCAAGGCCUAUAUUUAGCUUGAUUGAGCUAAAUCCUUUUUCUGUCAUCUUCUAUCGGGCAUGAAAGAAAGAGAUGUCACCUUUUUUACAUGAAAGUCUUUAUUCGUGCUGAUCCUAUUCACCUUUGUAGGCCCUUCACAAGAAAGGCUGACUUGAAGACAGGGAGGACGAUUACUUCCGAUUUUGAGUUUCGUAGUUUGUAUUGGCUGUCUGGACCACCAGUGUAUGCAGUUGCUGCUACGUCUCUUCAAAUUUACAACCGGUUAGAGAUAAAAUUAACCAGCACUAGUCGAACAAGCAUUACUUCACCUGACAUCACAGCAUGGCCCAACAGAAUCAAGCAAUCAUCCCUGUUGAUUCAGCAAGCUUUCCUUUGAGGCGUAAACGAGGUCGUCCUCGAAAGCAUGAUGGUCCUGGAUAUGAACCACAUAGGAGAAACCGGCAGUGUCAAGCUACUGCAACUCAAGCAAUUCCAACACAGGUCCCAUCUCGUGCUAAUCCAACUGCCAGUUCUAGUCAUGGGCCUUGUGGCCUUGUGGGUCAAAAGGUCUCUGGUAUGCUGGAGGGGAUUUUCGAUGCUGGAUAUCUUCUCACAGUUCGAGUUGGUGAGACUGGACCUGUCUUCAAGGGUUUGGUGUUUGAUCCACGCUUAUCUGUUCCUCUCACUGUGGAUAAUGAUAUUGCACCACUUCUGCCAAUGUCAAGAAGUGAUGAAAUCUUAUAUCCAGUGCACCAUGUACCAACCGAGGAACCAGUUUCGCCACCAAUCCAUCCUGCAUCGAAAAUGGUUACAGCCGCAGUGCCUCUUCGGAUAAGGGAACCUGCUACCCCUUUUCCGCCUGUAAACCAUUUGCAUGAAUCCUCAGGGCUUCCUCAAACAGCUCGAAGUGCAGCGGAAGCAGAGCAGAAUGUUGUCAACCAUCUCCCUCAGGAUGUGCACCCUGCUUCACAAACUGACUUGAAAAACAUACUUCUGGAGACAGUUCCACGUACAGAGGAAGUAGCAGGGCAUGGUGCGAACCGUCUUCCUCAAGAUAUGCACUCUGCUUUGCAAACUGAUGUUCAAAUAUUAUGUCUGGAGACAGCUCCAAGUACAAAGGAAGUAGCACAGAAAGAUGGCAUCCAUCUUCCUCAGGAUGUGCGCCCUGCUUUGCAAACCGACUUUAAAAACAUACUUCUGGAGACCUUAUCCAGAAAAGUGGCAAAUGAUGACCUGCUAAAAUCUCAACCUGCUGCACCUCAACAAUCUGUGCCUGCACGUAUGCAAACAGGAGUUUCAUCAGGCAAAGUGGCAAAUGAUGACCUGCUAAAAUCUCAACCUGCUGCGCCUCAACAAUCUGUGCCUGCAUGUAUGCAAACAGGAGUUUCAUCAGGCCCAUCUUAUGUUAUGAAUAAUGCUGUGCCAGCAGCCAUUGGAGCUUGUUCAGGAGAGAGAACUGAAACAAUGGCUGAGGCAGCAAAAGGAUGUGGAAAUUCUAAACAUAUUGCAGGAUCAUCGGGUAACAUUAGUAUGACUGAACAAUCUGAUGAGACUUUGACAGCUGACGAGUCAAGUGGUGGAAGGCUGAAUUGUACUGGCCAGGCAUCACAGUUGGAUCAGUCCUUGACAAACAAUGAGACAGCUGGUGAUGCGGACAUUAGUCACCAGGCACUGAUAUUUGAUGAGAGUUUGAUGGCCAAUGAGACGUUUGGUGGGAAGAUGGGUUUGGUAGGUGAGGCACCGCAACUUAAUAUACAAGCAUCUGGAAAAAGACACCUGCCUGAAGAAUUGCCAAACGAGAAGGACCAACAAAACCUCUCAAGCUCCUUCUGCUCCUGAAGUGGUAGCAUUGCAAGUUCAGACUGGGGAACGGAAGCUUCAGUCAAGAAACAUCUGCCAUAUUGGCAAUGACAGCUGACUGCCUCCUGGUGGUUCUGCCUAGGCUAGGCAAAUAGUUCUAUUUUCUUCUUCUUUUAGCUAUGGUUGUUCACAAGGUUUUACAGGGCAUGCAGAUGUUUUUAAGGUUGAUGUGAACAGGAACUAACUUGAAGAAUGUCGGGUACUUCCAGGAUGUCAGAUAUAUGGUUAUGCACUUUAUCUAGCUAACAUAUCACCCCUCUACUGUAGUUUAUCACUUUAUGAUGGACACUGUACUGUUGACCGAAAAUCCAAAAAUAGGUUUACUUGAAUGGUUUUGAUCGACU